AUGAGGACUCUGGUAGUCCUGAGUGCUGUGCUCGCAGCUGCCAUCGCCAGACCAGGUGGCAUGCCUGAAGUUGAGCCCUUACCAUGCUCGACAAAGACAGGCGCAUCCGGUGCUGUCAUCUUGAAAGACAGAAUUGGAACCAACAUGCAAGCUGAAGACGCCACAUCAACUAGCAGUGAAUCGGCCGAGGCUGAAACGGCCAGUUACGAAAGGACCAGCCUGACUCCUUCCACUGAAAUACCUGACACUCCCAUAGUAACCAGCUUGAAUGUAAAUCGCAAGAUAGAUCUUGCUUCUAGUAGCAAAAUGCCGUCGACUGGUUCCAUUAUUUCGUCUCAAGUGUCGUCAGCUCCCACUAAUGUUCCUAAUCUUCAACAUAUUGGUAGUUCCGAGAUUUCCGAGUCGUCUGCUUCUGCCGAAAGACUUGACAGUUCCACAGAAAGCAAGUUGAAAGCGAGCAGUAAGAUAGCUCUCACUACUGGUGCCCAAGUGCGCACAGAUAGCUCCAUUAGUCACCCUGAAACGUCGCCAGCUCCUACCAAUGCCGCUAUUCUUCAGCACACUGAUAGCUCCGAAACUUUUAACUCAUCUCCUUCCGCCGAAAAAGCUGACUGUUCACCGGAGAGCAUGUUGAAGACCGACUCUAAAGUAGGUCUCGCUUCAGGUAGGAAAGUGCUUUCUCCUAGCUCCAUUAGUCUGUUUCAAACGACUUCAGCUCCUAAGAAUGCUGCUAGUGUUCAGGAUAUUGACAGCUCAGAAAGGUCCAACUUGUCUCCUUCUGCCAAAAGACCUGACACUUCCACAGAAAGCAAUUUGAAAGCCAAUAGUGAGAUGACUUUCGCAACUGAUGGCCAAGUGCACUCAGAGGGAUCGAUUAGUCGGUCUCAAACGUCGUCAGUUCCAAAGAAUCCCGCUAGUCUUCAGGACACUGACAGCUCCGAAGUUUCCAUCUCGUCUCCUUCCGCCGAAAAAGCUGACUGUUCCCCGGAGAGCAUGUCGAACACCAGCCACAAAGUAGGCCUCGCUUCUGGUGGCAAAGCGCCCUCAACUGGCUCCAUUAGUCACACUCAAACGUCGUCAGCUCCAAAGAGUGCUGCUAGUCUUCAGGCUAUUGACAGCUCCGAGACAUCCAACUCUUCUCCUUCGGCCGAAAGACCUGACAGCUCCUCACAAAGCAAGUUGAACGACAUUAGUAAGUUAGCUCUGGCUUCUGGUGGCCAAGCGCCCUCAGCUGGCUCCAUUAGUCAGUAUGAAAUGUCGUCACCUUCUAAGAAUGCUGCUAGUCUUCAGGAUAUUGACAGCUCCGAGACGUCCAACUUGCCUCCUUCUGCCGAAAGACCUUGCAGUUCCUCGGAAAGCGUGUUAGACGACAACAGUUCGGUGACUCUCUCUUCUGCUCGUAAAAUUCCCUCACCUGACUAUGUUAGUCCCUCUGAGAGAUAUCCGUCCCUUAAUAAUGUAGAGAGAGUCCCACAUUUUGAAACCUCCGGUGUCUCUGAACCUGUUCAAAGGCCGAGCAAUGACUUACCUGCCAGCAAUACAUUUCAGAAUCUUCCUGUCAGUAACUUGAGUGCCACUUCUUCUGUUAACUCCCAAGCAAGCGUUUCUGAAAGUCUGGACAAUAUUGCUAGUGUAGAUAUCUCUGGGGCAUUUCAACCUGUCAAGAAGCCCAAAACUGAUUCACCUGCUAGCUCCUCCUUUGGGCAUCUUCCUGCCAGCAAUAUUCCAGCGAGCCCCUCUGCUGACUCCGAAGAAGAGAUUUCUCCCGCCAGUGAUCCUCGCUAUCCCAUCAGUAGCCUAACACCUGCCUCUACUGGGCUUGGAUUGUACAAUGUCGUCAACCAUUGGCUUUGUACUAGGCCUUUCUACAGCCCUCCAGCAAACAGUGGCAGUGAGAGCCUUCCGCUUACAAUGACAUACCCACCUCCCACUUCUAACAAGGGCAAGUUUAGUCAUACCAUAUGCAGCCCGUUUACUGGUCUUUCUGUAGAUAGUUUCUCACCUGACAUUUUGGCUCACUCCAGCAACGCUAUGGACGCUGCUCACUGUGCAUCUCUCGCCGACGGGCUAGUCAACUUCACUCCGACUCUGCGACACCUGUCACACGAUGAAUUUAGUAAGGUCGGAGCAUUGUUGACGGCCUCGGAUCGGGCGGACGCCGCCCACUUCCCCGGCACUCCAGUGUGUUCCGUUGUCGGACCAUCUGCUUCACCGGUGAGGCUAUCUGCAGGCUCCGGCACUUCCGCCACCUCGCGCUGCCACUCAUCAAACACCGUCGUCAUCGGUGGCGUUCCUGUCCGCUUACUGGCGCCACCAGCUGCACAACCUAAGAGGCAGUACCCAGGCUCCAUCUACUUUGAUGGCAUUCCUGUAUCUACCGCUGUCCAACAGGCAGCAGUACCAGUGAAUCCUGCUUACAACAUCUUCAACUUCCGUGGCGUCCCUGUUCAUACCGUAGGCCAAUCCGCAGCUGUGCCACUGAGUGUGACAUCAAACACCGUCAACUUCUAUGGUCGGACUGCUGGCCCUGUGUUUCUCCUAAGUGCAGUGCUUGCAGCUGCGUACGCAAGGCCUGCUGUCUGGUCGGAAGCUGCGCCAUCACCAUGCUCGACAAAGACAGGGGCAACCAGCGCUGCCAUCCUGAAGGAUAGAAUUGGAACAGUCAUGCAAAAAGGAGACGCCGCAUCGGUUAGCAGUGAAUCGGCCCAGUCUGAAAGGGCCAGUUCCGAAACUUCACGUUUGUCUUCUUCAGCUAAGAAACCCAACAGUUCCCCAGAGAGCAAGCUGAACCCUAACCGUAACAUAGGUCCCAUUUUAGGUAGCAAAACGCCCUCAUCUGACUCUAUCAGUCCGUCUCAAAUGUCACAACUAUCUAAGAAUGCUGCUAGUCAUCAGGACAUUGAUAGUUCCGAAACGUCCAACUUGUUUCCUUCCCGUGAAACACAAGACAAUUCAUUAGAGAUCAAGUUGAACGGCAACAGUAAGGUGGGGCCUACUUCAGGUAGCAAAACGCCCUCACCUGACUCCAUUAGUCCGUCUCGAACGUCGCCAAAAUCUAAGAAUGUUGUUCGUCUUCAGAAUACUGAUAGCUACGAAACGUCCAACCUGUCUCCUUAUCCUGAAAAACCUGCCAGUUCCCCAGAGAGCAAGUUGAACCCCAACCGCAAUGUAGGUCUCUCUUCAGGUAGCAAAAUGCGGUCGCCUGACUCCGUUAGUUCAUCUCAGACGUUGCCACAAUUUAAGAAUGCUGCUAGUCUUCAGGAUAUAGAUAGCUCCGAAACGUCCAACCUGUCUCCUUCCCGUGACAGUUCAUUAGAGAUAAACUUUAACGAUAACGGUAAGACAGGGCCUACUUCUGGUAGAAAAAUGCCCUCACUUGACUCCAUUAGUCCGUCUCGAACGUCGCCAAAAUCUAAGAAUGUUGUUCGUCUUCAGGAUAUUGACAGCUACGAAACGUCCAAUCUGUCUCCUUCCGAAAAACCUGCCAGUUCCCCAGAGAGCAAGUUGAACCCCAACCGUAAAGUAGGUCUCAUUUCUGGUAGCAAAAUGCCCUCACCUGCCUCCGUUAGCCAGUCUCAAACGUCGUCAGCUUCUAAGGGUAUUGACAGCUCCGAGACGCCUAACUCCUCUCCUUCUGCCGUAACACCUCAGAGGUCCACAGAAAGCAAACUGAACGACAAUCUGCAGACAGCUCUAGCUUCUGCUGGCCAGGUGCCCUCAGCUGGAUCCAUCAGUCAGUCUCAGACAUCUUUAGUUCCUAAGAAUGCUGCUACUCUCCAGGAUAUUGACAGCUCCGAAACAUCCAUCUCGUCUCCUUCUGCCGAAAAAGCUGACUGUUCCCCAGAGAGCAUGUCGAACACCAACAAUAUGGUAGGGCUCGCUUCUGGUAACAAAGUGCCCUCAACUGGCUCCAUUAGUCCAUCUGAAACCUCUGCAGCUCCUAAGAAAGCUGCUAGUCUUCAGGAUAUUGACAGCUCCGAGACGUCUAAACCGUCUUCUUCCAGCGAAAGACCUUGCAGUUCCUCGGAAAGCAUGUUGGAUAACAGUUCGGAGAAACUCUCUUCUGCUGGUAAAAUGCCCUCACCUGAUUCUUUUACUCCUUCUGAAAGAUCUCCAUCCCUUAGUAAUGCAAAAAAAGAAUUUGAAACAUCUGGCGUAUCCGAUUCUGCUCAAAAGCCCAACGAUGACUUACCGGGCAGCAACACAUUCCAGAAUUCUCCUGUAAGUAACUUACGAGACACUUCUUCUGUUAACCCUCAAGAAAGCGUUUCUACACGUCUAGGCAAUAUUGCCCGUGUAGAUACCUCUGCUACUUUUCAACCUACCAACAAGCCCAAAGCUGAUUCGCCUGACCGCAGCUCAUUAGGGGAUCUUGCUGACAGCAACUUUCCAUCGAGUUACUCCGCUGACUCACAAGACGACCUCUCCCCUGCCAGUGAUCCUCGCUAUCCCAUUAAUAGCCUUGUUCCUUCUGCAUCUGCCACUCCUGGUCUUGGUUUGUACCAUGCUGCCGGUUACUGGCUUUGUACCGGGCCGUUCUACAGUCAUCAAGCCAACAGUGACAGCGUGAACCUUCCCGUUACAAUGACGUACCCACCACCUAGUUCUAACAAGGCCAUGUUUGGUCUUUCUACAAGCACCCCGCUUGCUGGUGUUUCUGCCGAUAGAUUUUCCCCCGACGACAUUGCUCACUCCAGCAAUGCUAUGGACAAUGCUGAUGGGGCAGUUCUCACAGACGGGCCAGCUAGCUUCACUCCGACUCUGCGACAGCUGUCACUCGAUGAAUUAAGUAAGGUCGGGGCAGUCUUGUCGGCUGAGGAUCCAGCAGCAGUUGCCCAAGCUGCUGACUCUCCAGCGUUCGCCGUUGUCGGUCCAUCGGCUGCGCCGGUGGAGUUGUCUGCAGGCACCGCCUCAUCUUCUGCUCCACAGAGCCAGGCACCGAACACCGUCACCUUCGGUGGCGUUCCAGUUCGCGUGUUGGCGCCACCAGCUGCACCAUCAGCGACCCAGUAUCCACGGAUCAUCAACUUUGGUGGCGUUCCCGUGCCCGCCAACGUCCAAGAGGCAGCAGCUGCUCAUAACACCAUCAACUUCGGUGGCGUCCCUCUUCGUACACUAAGCCAUCCGGCAACUGUGCCACUGAGUGUGAUUUCAAACACCAUCAACUUCAGUGGUUGGCCCGUUCGUCCUGUGGUCAACAGCCUGCUGCACUAA